UACAUUAGGCAGCAGAUAUCAGUAAGCAUAAUUCAUUCCUUUCUGUUAUCUUAGAAUGGCUCCUUCUCUGCAACUGAUACUAAUCUUAACACUAUCUUCUCAUCUUAUGGUCUACGAGGGGAAUGCUGCAACAUGUAGCAACUGUUUCCUGCAUUCUCAAGCAGUCUACUACCCUAACUCUGAUCAACAUGGAACAGCAACUGGAGCGUGUGGGUUUGGUAAAUUCGGAGCAAAGAUCAAUAACGGAUAUGUAUCUGCUGCAUCUAGUCUCUUUCGAGGAGGCAUUGGUUGUGGUGCUUGCUAUCAGGUGAGGUGCACCAAUGGUAACUAUUGUUCAGACAAAGGAGUGAAUGUGGUGAUAACUGACCAGGGAUCGGGUCCAGGAGAGUUCAUUCUGAGCAGGAAAGCAUUUGGUAGAAUGGGCGAAACAGGACACGAUGCUAAAGCCCUAUUAGCCCUUGGUGUUGUUGAUAUUGAAUAUAAACGGAUUCCAUGCAGCUAUCCAAACAAAAAUAUCAUCGUCAAGAUUGAUGAACACAGUGACUAUCCUUAUUACUUGGCUUUUAUGUUAUGGAAUCAACAAGGCAUGAAGGAUAUUACUGCAGUCCAGUUAUGUGAGCCAAAAAGAUUUGUGUGCAAGCUAUUGAGUCGAAGCUAUGGAGCAGUGUGGGCAACUACCUCGCCACCCACCGGGGCCUUGGCGAUAAGAAUGCUACUCAGUGAUGAUAGUGGAGACGAAAAAUGGGUAGCUGCAGCUAAUAACUUGCCGAAACACUGGAAGGCUGGAGGAACAUAUGACACAGGAGUACAAGUUAAUGACCAGUAAAAUUUGAUUUUAUUAUAUGAUUUAGUGGUUUUGGGCUUUUGGUUUGUCAGUUAAAUGUGGUGUUUGCACUCCUAUUGUUGAAAGAUCUACUCUUGUUAAGUUCCUUGUGAAUCUGACAAGAAACUGAUCACAUAUCUGUACCUAUUUAUUGAAUUAUUUGGAACUUCAAAGGAGUGUUU